AUGUACCCGUCUUCUCUGUAUCGGCCCAUUCACGCCAACAGAAGAGUCCAGUUACACCUCACAAACGCCAAACCCUCGCCGCCGCCGCCCCUUCCUCCCUCCUCCCAGCCGUUCACGCAGUACACCAUGACGACCUCCCUUCCUAUCGCCGGCCAAGGCCUCCCCUCCGGAUCCGCCUCCUCCAUCGUCGCUGGCGCCGUGAGUGGCUACCACUUGCUCAAGAUCGUCGGCUACUCGCGCACCAAGAAGGUCCCUAAUGCCAAGUGGAUCGAUUCUUGCCCGUUCGUGGCCGGAGGCCGCACAUGGCAUGUUCGUUACUAUCCCAACGGUGGCGACUCCAAUAGCACUAAUUACAUAUCCUUCUAUCUCAAACUUGAUGAUGCCAUUGCCGAAGCUGAGGCCGUGAAGGCACAAGUUACAUUCAGCUUACUCGACCAACAUGGGAAGCCGGUGCCGGACUAUACCAAGACUACCAACAUCACAGACUUCGCGUUAGGUAACCAUUCUCGUGGAUUUACAAAGUUUAUCAAGAGGGAGGCAAUGGAGAAAUCAGAGCAUCUCAAGGACGAUUCCUUCACUGUCAAGGUCGAUGUUACUAACAUGAGCAACUUCCACGCGCUGGAUACAUCAUCCAUUUUGGUGCCACCAUCUGACUUGCACUGGCACCUUGGGGAUCUCCUGUCGAGCAAAGCAGGCGUCGAUGUUGAAUUCCGAGUCAGCGGGGAGACAUUCUCGGCGCACCGGACGGUGCUUGCGGCGCGGUCUCCGGUCUUCAGAGAAGAGCUAUUUGGGCCGAUGAAGGAGGGGACCACGAGAGCGGCCAUACGAAUUGAUGACAUGGAGGCAGAAGUGUUCAAGGCUAUGCUCACUUUCAUGUACACAGAUGCGCUGCCUGAUAUGCAUCAACGAGACGAAUAUGCAAUGGCUCAGCAUCUGCUCGUUGCAGCUGACAGGUACGGCUUGGACAGGCUGAAGCUGAUUUGUGAAGAUAAGUUGAGAAGUAGUAUUGACACGAGUUCUGUGGCGACCAUCUUUGCAUUGGCGGAUCAGUACAACUGUCGUGUUCUUAAGGCGGCAUGCUUGGAGUUCCUCGGCUCGCCGGCCAAUCUGGACGAGCAGGCCAUGGACUCUAAAGGUUUUGAGUUAUUAGCCAAGAUCUGCCCUCCUGUUCUAAUGGAUUUCCUCACGUACCUGGUUAUUCCUUGUUUACUUGGGAAAUGGAAAUCGAGGGCAUGA